AUGGGUACCCUUCUGAGCUGGGCGAUAUGGGCCCUGGUUAUUUCCCUCUCCAUGGCCGAUGACGCUGUCAAACCUGUUGAAUGGGUAGACCUCAUGAUUGCUACAAGCAAUUUCCCUCGAUUCUUUGGCACGCCGCCUCACGUCUCCCGAAAGGGUGGACCGAAGGUUACUGCUGUGACUCUUUACGAUGAUCCCAAAAAGCCCCGUUUUGGAAAGGACCAAAAGGUCUUGCCGAUUCAGUGUUCGUCCAAGUCAGGAGAUUCUUGCAAGGGUGCAGAGAUGGGUCAAGGAGUCAAAGACGCUAUCUCCGCUCUCCAAGAAAAUAUCAAGCCUCCCUCCUUGGGGGAUGGUAAGCCAGGGUUGGAAGGCCUCAAUUUUAUAUUUGACCACAUGAGGUAUUUUUGGUAUGACCACACUGGCAGCCCGCACCAUCACAACGUUUAUUACUUUCGGCAGAGCAUGCAUGAAAAUCUGCCUGUUGAUAACACGGAGCUCGUACUUGAGGUGAACCAAUGGAUUCAAAAUGGUUCCUAUUGGGCCCCGUUCAAGGUGGAUCAACAUCAGAUUUACUACGGCGAGUUUGACCCUAUUAAUCCGAUGGACUUGCGCUGCAGUCAGUUCCACGCAAGAGACACUGCAUCUCAACUGGCAAUGAAACAGCCAUUCUGGAGUGCUCUGGAUGCUCCAGAAUAUGAACUCGUAUAUACCGUGCAGGAUGGGAGUCUCUACCUGACCUGGCGACUCAAGUUUGAUCUCCAAAAGCAGGUUGGUGACGACUUCUGGGUCUGGGUCAACGCUAGGAACUGCUCGGAGGUCAUCGCCGCCGCCCCUGGGAAGAUGAAUCCUCACACGUCCAGUCUGUCUCAUUUUCAGAAAGAACAACGCAAGCUGUUCGACGAACGGGGAAUACCCUUGGAGGGCCACAAACUGGAGUGA